GGUUUUCUGUUGUGCGCCAUUUUGAGUGAGUUGUUGAAAACUAGGGACGGGUCAUUGUUCUGGAGCAAACUCGCUCGUUUUAACCUAAAUAUCGUAGCGAACCAACGUCUGACGAACACAGAGCCAUUUCAGCUGAUUGGAAAUGGCCACGGGAGCAAACGCAACUCCUCUGGGGAAGUUGCACCCCAGUAUCGGCGCUAAACGAGGAUUCGACGCCGGGCCUGGUGCUGGAGGCAACGGGCUGAUGCCAACACCGGGACCUCCCGGAUCGUUUCCCUCUCUACAGAGUUACCAGCCCCCCAUGCCCAACACAUCUUUUGCUCCCCCACACCAGUUCAACCCAGGGUUUCCCACCCAGAUUCAACAACAGUCCGCUGUGGGAGCCGGAAUCAUGUCUAACGAUUUCGGCCAGAAGAAACCGAGGAAGAAGAGUCGAUGGAGCAGCGAGACACCCGAUCAGAAGACUGUUAUCCCGGGAAUGCCCACAGUUAUUCCCCCUGGACUCACACGAGAUCAAGAGAGAGCAUAUAUAGUCCAACUGCAGAUUGAAGACCUGACUCGUAAACUGCGUACAGGAGACCUGGGAAUCCCUGUUAACCCUGAGGACAGGUCUCCCUCUCCAGAGCCCAUCUAUAACAGCGAGGGCAAAAGGCUAAACACCCGCGAGUAUCGCACCCGAAAGAAGAUCGAGGAGGAGCGGCACUCCCUGAUCACAGAAAUGAUUAACCUCAACCCCGACUUCAAGCCUCCUGCAGACUACAAACCCCCAGCCACAAGAGUCAGUGACAAAGUUAUGAUCCCUCAAGAUGAAUAUCCUGAAAUCAACUUUGUUGGCCUGCUAAUCGGACCACGUGGUAAUACGUUGAAGAACAUUGAGAAAGAAUGCUGUGCUAAGAUCAUGAUUCGAGGAAAAGGUUCUGUGAAAGAAGGGAAGGUUGGUCGAAAAGAUGGACAGAUGCUGCCGGGAGAAGAUGAGCCUCUGCAYGCGCUGGUCACUGCCAACACAAUGGAUAACGUGAAGAAAGCUGUGGAACAGAUUCGUAACAUCCUGAAACAGGGCAUYGAGACUCCUGAGGACCAGAACGACCUACGAAAGAUGCAGCUGAGGGAGCUGGCCAGACUCAACGGCACCCUGAGGGAGGAUGAUAACAGAAUCCUUCGUCCUUGGCAGAACACUGAGCCUCGCAGCAUCACCAACACCACCCUCUGUACCAAAUGUGGUGGAGCAGGCCACAUCUCGUCUGACUGCAAAUACACCAGCACGUUUGCUGCCCAGAGAGCACCAGGAGCUGAGCCCCCCCAGUCAGCACAGGACAAGGCUCGGAUGGACAAGGAGUACCUGUCCCUCAUGGCUGAGCUGGGGGAGGCCCCCAUCCCCUCUUCUGGCGGGGGACACUCUGGCACUCAGGCAGGAGCUCCUCGAGCUUCUGGCCCCAACAGCAACCAGCCCCCACCG